AUGGCGAGCAAUGUGUGUGAUCGCAUUUUUGUCCGGCAUCCGAUCUGGGCUCAGAACCACCGAAAACCUCGGCAGGCUUCUUUUGUUGCCUUGGGUGUGUGGAUCCUGGCCUUGGUGUUGUCUUCUCCCCCUCUCUAUUUCGGGGGAACCAUACAAAAUCCAAAUGACAAGAACAUUAACUGUUUUAAGACUUACGGUAACACCAUAGAUACUCAUAUGUCCACGCAUCACGAUGUGAUCAUCAGCUGUUUCAUCUUUGCCUUCGUCAUUCCCUUCAUUGUUAUUUUUCUCUGCUACGGAGCCGUUGUCUUGAGAUUGAGAAGCAGUCAACUGUUUCACGCAAGCAAGCCCUACAAGAUCAUCACAUCUUUGAUUGUGACUUUUUUUGUAUGCUGCUUCCCUUAUCAUGUGUUUUCUUUCAUUCACCUGAAAUAUUCACCACGUCCAGACAUGUGGUUGGCACUGAGUAUUGGUGAUCCCAUAGCAAUGUGCUUGAUUUUUAUCAACAGCUGCAUCAAUCCCAUCCUCUACGUCUUCAUGGCAAAGGGCUUCAAAGACAGCCUGAAAUGUUCCCUCUUUUCUGCAUUUGAGAAUGCCUUCACUGAAGAGGUCAGGCAGAUCUCUCCAACCAACAAAGCCAAAUCUUUAGCAGAGGUGGAAUUGCAGUUAUGA